AUGAGGGAAGAUAAAGAUUUUAACGAAGCAAAUGCAGUCUUGGUGACAGUACAACUUGAUGAGGAGUAUGAUGAGGAGCGUGAGGAUGAGUUUUUCUUAGUAGUAGUGAUAGAAUCCGUCGUCUUUGUGGCCGACGUUGUUUUCGUCCCCUUACUAGUUGGAUCACCAUAUCCGGCGGUGGUCCAUCGCUACUUGGAGGAGAUGAACAAUCACCAAUAG